AUGGACUCUAAAGAUACCACCAAGAAGCUCCGAGACUGGUAUCAAGACCAGAGUCCGCUUACAGUGGACAUUGUAGGAGACUUUGCUGGCCAAGAGUUGUUCGCGAUUCAUGGCGAGUCACUCAUUCGCUACUGUUUGACGGAAGCGAAAGUCGAUCUUGAUGAAGGCUUUCAGCUUUUGCACGCCGUGCACGCCGUCGAAAAGGUACUCAGCGAGUUGAAACGGCGGGAUUGCAACUUCGAUGUUCUCUUCUUCAGAGAUCACGAGAAUAUUUGCGUUUCCCAACAGGCAGUUGGCUCGACCAAAGGUGCCAAAUACCGCCUAACUCGUCGAAUUCUUAUUCAGCACUUCAUCAAGUCGAACCUUGAUUUUCGGAUUCUUGAAUUCGACUCCUUCAAAAGCAAUGAAUGCAAAAACUACUUGUCCGGCCACGGUGUGCAUUUCAUGCUAUGCGAUGACGGCAGAGCUGCCAACGUCGACCAGGCUACUCACCUGCAACACGUGAUAAUGGAAGUCAUGGAAAGUGGAAGGCACGUUGGAAUUAUUAAUUCUAUCACCUGGAGAAGUUCAAAGGUGUUUGUGUCAUUAUUGAGUGGAAAGAAAAAUGCUCUGUGUGGCUCAUCUCUCCAGUUGCCAGAGAUUGAGGCGAAGGAGCCUUUAUCGCUUUCAAAAGCAGUGCUUCUACAAACAACUCAACAUUCUUUCAGCGAUACAAAUCUCGCCGGAAGAGACAAACAUGCUGUGGUUUUCUGUCGUGCCUACAUCGAGCAUUGCGCUUCUACAAACAAAAUCAUCGAAGCUGACUUGCAUCGAGUGGAAGCCUUCCUCCUCCAGGCCGCAACUCUGCGGCAUUGCUCUCUUCAGGAGAGGGCCUGCGUGGAAGUUUCUAAGGAUGAUGAAAUUGUGUCAAGUCAAGACCAUGAAUUUCUCCACAUGUUCUGCGCAACAACCCAAGGUUUAAUGGAGGUGCCAUCCGAAUUGAAUGAACAGGAAGGUUGUGAGCUUUUUGACAUCGUCGAUGGACGAGUAUUUUUCUAUUUCCUCCGGGCGAUUAGAAGCGAAGGAGAGGUUCCCACCGAAAUUUUGGAGCAUGCCAAUGUUCUCUACAAUGAGACUUUCAGAGGACGGAACCCAGAACCCAAGAAACCCUUUGCUACACUCAAGCCAUCCAAGGUCUCGCGCCCUCCACCAAAAGCUGGAAAGAACUUGACUGCACUGCCUUUCAGUCAUCCGGUACUGGACACUUUUCUGAAAGAUGUCGAGAUCGGAGAGUCAGAAGAGACUCAAGAUCCUAAUGCAGAGCUUGUGUUCGAAGAUCUCAGACAUUGGCAUGCCUACAAACCUAUCACCCAACUCAAAAGCCGUGAGAGGUAUCCCAUUUGGGUUGAAAAGGCUCGACAGAAGAAAAUGCAGCUACGAAUGGCUGAAGUCUCUUCCUAUGCGGCAAGUCUUACUAGUAUCACUGGCAAGACCUUCAAUCGAGAAACCAUUGUGGUUAGCUCUCGGCCGAAACAGAGCAUUAGUACUGCCAGCAAGAUUGCUCAGCCAAAGCAUCACAAACAGAAACCCGGAAAAGGAGGCAAACAGAGUGCCAUUAUGGAAGCACAAAAACUAAUUGAUCAGAAAGCACAGGUAAAGCUGAUGGAUAUCCUGAACCACUGGCGCGAUAAAUACAACGAAUUUGAAAAGGUCAAUAGCCCAAUCGACCGCUACCUCAAGGCUCUGGAUUUCCAAUCCAAAGGAUCUAGCGGUAAUCACGAUGCCGUAAAGCCAGAGGUACAGUUGUAUUUAUGUCAUGUCUUGAUGGAGAUAUGGACCCAGGUGCGUAAGAAAACUUGUGAGUAUUCACUUGAAGUUUCAAUGAUCUGGAACUGGCUUGGGAAAAUAUCCAAGUCGGCUAAUUGUACACAUGAAAUUGCCAGCGCGGUGCAGCAGAUCCUCAAGGUACUAGCAGCGACUCCGUUGCCCAUUGCCACUCUCGAGACUUCUCGAACACUCCCGUUCUUCAUCAGGCCAAUAACGCUAAAGGGGAUUCCCAAGCUGGUCAAAAACACUCGACUUCUGCAACUUGAACAUGGCGGUCCCUACAUGGACAGACAGUUCGACUCUCAGCCGGAUGCUAAAGUGCAGUUCGAGCCUAAUGCCUGGCAACGUGAUGUUCUCGAUUGUAUCGAUCUGUUAUUACUUGCCCCCUGCCCUAUUAUUGCCCUUUCGGCUACAGUAGGCAACCCUAACGAGCUUAAAGACUGGCUAGCAAUAUUAUCUCUAAACAGAUUUGUGUUGGACGAUGUGAGCCUCGAGGCACGAGAUUGUCUCACACUGUGGAAGCACAUGAGAAAGACAUUCGCUGCGACACUUUUGUCAGACACGGCAAAAUUAGAUCCUGUGGAUGUCUUGCCUGAGUGGAUUGAGAAGCAUCAUGUUAUUGAAUGGGAGAAGGACCUCAAGGUUGUGCUUAGGGGAGCCAUGCAAAUGGAGAAUUCACCAUUUCCAGACCUACAAGAGAGCCUUCGGAAUUUGGAGUCUCCGGAUCAACCCUUUGUUACUCUUGAGCGACACUUUGAGAAACUCUUCCCUUUAGAAGGUAUUCGUGUUCCUCGUCGAUCUGAGGCCCUCGACGACGAGGAAAAUCUUUCCAAGCUUGACCUAGCUCGUGAGGAAGAGAGUAAUGAGCGUGAUUUCGAUGAUAUGGUUAGCAGUCUCACCAAGGAGACAGUUGACUUAUGGCUGAUUGAUGCUCUUCGUCGUAGGUUAGGUGUCCACCAUGCUGGUAUGAACCGGCGCUAUCGUCAGAUCCGCAUUCCCAUCAAGCGAACACCAAAGCGUGUUACUCUAGCAGCCCGGUCUCCAUCUGAAAUCUUUUUAAGGCAGCUGCCAGAGCCGGCAGAGAAGCUCAUGAUUAGCCACAAUCAAGAUGUCUUGUCAAUCUUCAAAGAUUAUAUCAGCUCAUAUAUCUGCCAACAUCUGCACGAUAAACCAGACCGAGAACUACCCUUGACCAAAGUGUUGGUUGGGUCCAGAAAGCCUUGCGACUCCUCAUUUAUGGGUAGAAACCCAGCCGUCAUUCGGUCACCGUUCACAGCCUUGUCUGGAUUUGGCGAUAGUUUCACAACCAUCAAAGAGUUAUGCUCAGACAUGCGAGUCAGGGUCUUCUUAGAAGAGUCUGCCAUAUCAUACAUCCCCAUCUGGCCUCACGAUACUGACACUAAAUUCAACGCUUAUCUCUACGACUUUUUCAAAUAUAGUAGUUUAAAAGGAGACAUCUGGUUUUACCUAAAAGAUUUUUCACUUGUGCUCAAGACCAUUGUGACCAGUCUAAAGGGUGCCAUGAGUGCUGAAGGAGACUAUAAUCCAGAUGGUUUUGGUGAGGAUGACACCUUCAUGGAGGAACCAGAAGAGACCGAGACGCAGAAACCAGAGGAGGUUGUCGAGAAGACUGUCGAGAAGACUGUCAAGAAGUCUAAAGCCGUUAUUGCGGAUAGCUGGGAGGACGACAGCGACGACGAGACAGAGCCCGAAAACACUGGGUCGACUGCUGCCAAUACUACGUCACAGUCGAGCGCGGACAGAAAGGGUGGAUUAAUCUUGGUCCUGAAGGCAUUCAAGUUGUUGGAGGAAGAGUUCAAUCCCCCUCGCAUCACUAACGUUCUAGAAGCACGAACGGAAACGCCGAAGAAGGCCACAAACAAAACCUUCUGGAAGGCCUUUUCUUUUAGUGGGGUGACGCUCAGAUCAGGGGCGGGCAGAAGAGUGCCAGGAUUAGAGGGCGAGGGCCUCAAUGGCGUCAUUGAACAUACAGGAAACACGGGCCUUAAAAACAAAAUGACAGUAUAUGUAAUGCUCAGCAACCAUGAGUGGUAUCUCCUCCGAAUCCCUCCACGUCAAAAAGGAAAAAUCGAGAUCCAUGAUGUUCAGAAAACCAUUUGCCAUACCAAGUAA